AAUAAUCAAAUGUUAAACUGUGGUAAGAAAUCAUAUUUGAAAUUGCUUUCUAAAUGAAAUGGAUGAGACUUCUUUUCGUCUUUCAGUAUAUCUGAUCCUGAUAACUGUCAACUACCGUUGACAGGUUUAUCAGGGAAAAAAAAUCGAAAGAUUUUUUUCCUGUUAAUAUAACUUCUUUUCCUGUAGUUCCAUUUGUACAUAGUAUAUUUUCAAUAAUUUUAAAUUUAAUUUAGGUUAUCAAAUACAUGUUGAUCCAGAAACACAAGAAUUAUCAUUGUUAGAUAUUGUGAAUGUUCCUAAUGUAGACAUGGACGACGAAACACCAGCUCAUUUAAAAAUUUCCUUUGAUAAUCUAGUUAUCAUAAUUAUUGUUCGAGUUGAUAAUGGUCCCAAACAAGUAUUUAUUCACCAUCACUCGAAUUUUGAAGAAAUACGCUACUCCAGUAACCCUCAACCGAUUGCUGAGCAGAACAGAAUUUUUACAUUAGCAUAUUUGAAUACCUUCAUUACAAUGCUGCAUGAUUGUAUCGUUCCCGCUGAUGAACUUGGUUAUUCGGAGUUUUUACAAUAUCUAGCGGCGAACAAUCCUGAGCUUGGAAAUCCAAUUUAUUACUCAAAAUCCAAUCGUAUUCUGGGAAAGGCAACUAAUGGAUCAUUAUACAGAGUAGUUGUUCCUGACAUAGCUGGAGUAAUGGUGCCAGAUUCAAAGAAAAUAAAAUUUCUUGCACUACCACUUGAUGGAAAGGACGUUGAUGAUGUGUUGGACAUGAGUUUGAUAGUCACCAUUGAUCAAACAACAGAAGAAGUUAAAAUUUAUUGUUCCUAUUCAUUUGGAACAGAAGAUUUGUGGAUAUUAACAUUAAUUAUUGAUAGUGAUAAAAGAGAAUUUUCUUCAAUUAUAAAUAAUGAUAAAUUGUUAGAAUUAAUAAAAAAUGAUCAUCCUACAGAAAAAACAGGUUAUAUGCUGUUUAAAUCACUUGAAAAAAUGUGUAAAGAACUAAAUGUAACUAAUCAUAAUAUGGCUCGAUUAGAUAUUUUACGAAAACAGUUAGAUAACCUUACCCAAAUCUUAGCUUCUGUGUAUGUAGAUCCUUAA